CUUAUCCAAAUUAAAAGGACCGAAGCAAAAAUCCCAACUCACUCACAGUCAGAGAUAGAGUCGUAAGCUAGCUCAGCCUCUCCUCUCCAUGGCUUUCUCUGCUUCCUUCUCUUCAUUCACAUCACCAUUCCCACGCACUAUUAGGAAGAGAUGUUCAUUUCCUCUUAGCAGCAGCAGCAUAUGCUUCAUCGUCAAAGCUGAGGAAUCUUCCCAACCACCUCAGACUCCUAAAAAGGUUGCUGCUUCUGCUGCAGAGACAAAACCCGAAGCAGCAGCCUCCUCUGAUGCCCCUCCUCCUCCUCCUCCUAAGCCUAAAAAACCUGUUUAUUCCAUGAAGAAAGGGCAGAUUGUGAGAGUGGAUAAAGAGAAGUAUCUCAACAGUAUCAAUUAUCUGUCUGUUGGGCAUCCACCUUACUACAAAGGCCUGGAAUACAUAUAUGAAGAUCGCGGCGAGGUGCUGGACAUUCGGAUAUUCGAGACAGGGGAAUAUGCACUUAUUGGAUGGGUUGGAAUACCAACUGCACCAGCGUGGCUUCCAACAGAGAUUCUCAUUAAGUCGGACAAGCUCAACUAUGAGAGGAUUUGAUCGAGAUUCCAAAAGGCAAAGCUAGCUGCAUCAAGUUAUUAUUCACAAAAUCUUCAAGAUUGAGGACACUUUAUUAUAUCCAUACCCAGGCUAGAUGAGUCAAAAGAAGCAUUUUAUGUAUUGAGUAAAAAGCAAGGGAUGAAUGUAUUGGAUGAAAAAUGAAAACAAUCAAAUCCCUUUUCUUUCGAGGGGAUUUGAAACAGAAAACUAGUGUAAUUUCCAAAGAAGACCUGAACAUUUGAUCUUCAAGAUUACUCUCCUCAUUUAAUCUAUGCUGUUCAAUACACCAGUCAA